CUAACACCUCACAUGACUUGUGCGAACGCAUGAAGCGAGUAAGUUCAGUGUGAAGAGCGAACGACUCGAGCUGUCGCAUGUGCAGGGGAAAGUUAUGACUUCUUCACAGCUGAAACAUGUCUCAGGGUUUUGCGGUGGGUAGAGCGUCAAAAAUCUGCAAUCUGUUGAAGGAGGUGCUUUGCUUGAAGCUUGUUUAAGGAGCCGAAAAACGUCUGGGCCUGCGCAAAAUGUCUCGGAUCAGGAGGGGAUAUUUUGUUUUCCUCCUCCUUGCAUGCCUUGGGCUUCGACGUGCGCAGGAUGAAAACCAGGUUGUGUUCUCUCUUGGAAUGUUCCAGAAUGUGAGUGUACCUGAGAAUGGGAGUGUGCAGGUGCUUGUGUCUCAAAUCCCUGCUGAAGUGGCUUUCAUCACACUGCAGUUUCACACUCAGGACAGCAAUGUCACUCUCUCAUAUGAAAAGGUCCCAGUGUAUGGUUACUCACUCACAGCGGUGGAUGCUGGAUUGCUGUUUCCUUUGAAAUCUGGCCAGUCUUCUCUUUCCUGUUUCCUCCUGGCUCCUGAUGGAGAACCUGUCACUGGCAUUGGGGUCCUCCUGCCCUAUACAAGCACUGAUCCUGUCCCUGGUGGCUGCAAUCUGGAGUUUCCACUGGAGAAUGAUCCAAACAUCUACUUGCGCUACAACCUAUUCGAGACUGUCAUUCGCUUUGCUCCUGCUAACAUUGGAUCCACAAGAGAUGUCUCUCCGCCUGCCUGUGACGUGGGCACGGGCUCAACUACCCGUUGGCGGUUGCAGUACGAUGUGUAUCAGUACUUCCUCCCUGAGAACGACCUAUCGGAGCAGAGCCUGACCAGCGGUAUGAAGAAGUUUGCGAGUGUGUCAAGCAUGGUGGGAAAUGGAAGAAAGCUGGUGACUCUGUCCUCUAAAGAUCACGCCGAGGUGUCCUUUAACUCCAUCCCGGGACAAGGAGUAAUCUACUCUGUCAUCGUGAGGGACCCCACCGCCAACGCCUCAGCCUCAUACGUGCCUGUGCACACCUACGCCUGCAGCUUGGCCUCCACCCUGGACAGCUGCGCCACCUUAGGAAGAGUGUCCACCAAAGUGUUUUUCACCAUUAUGGGACUUGCAGGACUCUUUGUAUGCCUCCUUGGGCAUCGUUUUUUCAAGUGUGAGCUCUUCUGCAUGGGAUUUGCCUUCACUGCUUGCUUCUUUUUCGUGCUGAUCACGAGAACCACCAGCCUGGAUUAUGACAUCCGAUUGGCCCUCACAGCAUUGGUGGGCGUGGUUGGAGGCGUGAUUCUGGUGAUGACCUGGUGGCGGUUCGGCUCAGCAAUGUCAUGUGUCGUGGUGGUCGGGCUCAUCCUCGGGUUUCUAAUCUCUUCCAUUGUCUUCUUCACACCUCUUGGUGACAUGGAUGUCUUCCAUAAUGACAUGGUGUUCUGGGUGACGUUCAGCUGCAUUGUGGUGGUUGUGCCAGUCUUCUUCAUCAGGUGGCCGAGAGAGGGGAAUAUAGUAGCAUGUGGAGUGGUGGGGGCCUACACGGUGGUGCUGGCAGUGAAUGCUUACACCUACACCAGCCUGUCCUACGUCACCCUGGACGUGCUCAAACGCUUGCUCAAUGACGACUUCAGCCGGGCUUUCAUCUCUGUACCACUGCAGCUUAUCGACUUCAUCCUGAUCUCCGUGUGGUCGGUCCUGGCGCUGGGCGGCACGGCACUGCAGCUCUACCGCGAGCGUUCCCGCCCCUUCUUCCCACCCAGCCCGUACGUCUUGUGGCGGCAGGAGCGCGAGCGGCGCAAUACCAACGUGCUGGACCCGAGCCACCACACGCCUUCCCUCGCCACCCGGCUCCUCGCCCGCGCCCGCCGGCUGCUGCACCACCCCGAGCCGGCCGGCGAGCGCACGCCCCUCCUCCUCUGAGCCCACCCCCUUCUGCUGACGUAGCCGCGGGCAGGUUGCUCUCUCCGUCCGAAUCUCUGCCCAUCAGCGAGACCGGGAUAAUGGAGGCUGGACAGAGUGUUGGACCGCAAGGCCCACUGGAUGGAACCCAUCCUGUCGCCAGCCAUGCCCACUUUGUGUGUGGUUUUUUUUUUCCCUACUCCCUGACCAUAGUGCUUGCACACUUCGCUACAUGAUGGGGAAUCACCAAUGACUGUUCUGAGAGAGUUUCUGGCCACAGCUUUUCUUUGACUAGUCAGCCCUGUAUGAUUUAGUCACCACAUUGACCACAACCUCCACGGUGAGUCACAUUGAGUUAUGUGUAGUUGUUGCAGCAGAGCUGGGAGUUUGUGAGUGUGUCAUAGUAAAAGGUGCUGAUGUGUUAUGUAUUAUGUAUUUACGGACUGUGGAAUAGACCAUGCUGAAACUUCUGAAGUGCUCCUGCAGUUUCAGAGACAGGCUGGCCCUGAAUGUCAGACUUCAUUCAUUUGGAUGGACUGAACAGAAGGCAUUUUUCUGGUUGGAUCUUCUGACUUGGAGACAGACUGGAGCCAUAUCUAGGAACUGCAAAAUAGGAGGAAAAUGGUUGGCUUACUUUUAAACCUGUGUAUUUUCUCAUUAAUUCUAAGACAUCUAGACAGCCACACACAUGCUUCAAUGUGAUGACGAGCUUAAACAUAAGCAGUCUAAAAUCUGACAGCUAGUCUCUAGAAAGGUAUCGCUCAAGCAAUAUGACUGGAUAUUUUAAAGCCUAAUUUUUACUAGCACAAAUGUCAUUGAGACAGUAGAUUUAUAGUCACUUUGAACACUCUAUACUAGUUGUUAUGCUGCCAUUCUUUUGGAAACCUGGGCACAAUUUAAGGUCCUCGUUUAGGCUUUUCAUCUGAGUCUCAACACUCGCAGUUAGUCUGAAAGCCUAUAAUUAGGCUAUUUGUUUAGUGGUGGAUUACUUAAAAAGAAAUCUGCAACAGACCAAAGUCCAUCUUCCAGCUGCCGUCUUCUUUUUAUUGUUUUGAUCAUGGAGCCAUCGUAAGCCAUCCCACUGUUGUCUUGAUCUAGUGUCCAAAACGUUAAGUUUGCUAAUGAUCACAGAGUGCUUUUAUUGCCAGGUUUACUGUUGCAUUUCUACACACUCCUACUUAAAAUCUUUAGGGUACGUGGCCUCAGAUGUUCAUUAACUGCUAACUGUGGAUCCUGCAGUGAACUACUCCAUGGGACUUAAAGGUCUUCUCAGCUUUUACCCCAUUCUGGAGUUCAGAUCGUUUACCUUUUAACUGAGCAUAUCAAACACAACAGCUAACCUCUAUUUUGGUUCUAAUUUGAUUAGGAAUUUUCCCACUUUCCAUUCAGGAUGUUCUACUGCCUUUUGAACAAAAAUGUAGCCUUUUACUCAGAGAAUGCCACUGUGUAUUUCGUCCUUAACCUUUAAGGCCGUUGAUUCUUACUGCAGGAAUUUGCACAUCCAGGGGAGCGUGGAGAUUACUGGGAGGGUAUAUUCAUAUUGGUGUUGUGACCACUUUGUAAGCACUUGUAAGGAGUUGUAAUAACAUCCUUGCUAAUAGUUUAAAAGGCAUUUGGAGAGGAAUGCUGAUUCAGUAAAGAUUAUAUUAACUACAUACACUGAAGGUUUCAAAGUUUGGAUAUUUGAAUGUAGACAUUGUCUGAUGGAAGUAUAGAAUGUAACUGUGAUAACUGAGUGUAAUUUAUGCAUACUUAUUUAUCUGUUCCCUUAGGAAUUGUUUGGGUAUUUUUCGUUUCCUAGGCUAGCCAUGUAAGACGACUGGCAUUUUCUCAUUAUCUCUGCAUUGAUUAAUCUGUGUAGUAUGUGCAGUGAUUUAUUUAUGUGCCAACUUCUAUUUUCUCAGGGGUUUUACCAAAAAACAACCAGCAUAUUGUCUUUACUCUCAUGAAAAUGGCAACUGCAAUGCUGUAAUUUCAAAUGAAGUCUCAGUAACAUCUUGCUUUUGUCAAGUUGGAAAUCAGAUUUUAAAAUUGUUUGCCAGUAAUUUUUUGCAUUUGACAUUAAAACUUUUCUAAUAGCUAAAUGUAAUAAAG